GAAGUCAGUCCCAGCUGGAAGAAAUGAAGAGGAGAUAUUCUGAAAAGGUCAAGGAAGUUGAUAGAUUCCAAAGAGAGGUUGCUGAACUUUCCCAGCAGUUGGACAAGGAACAUGAACAGUGCACGCAGCUGGAGGCCAAAAAUCAGGCUUUGCAAGAAGAGCUGUCUGCCCUGCGUGGGGAGUGCGAGAACCUGGCCAUGGACAAAUGCCAGCUGCAAGAAGAGCUGGCAAAACUCCACCAUCAUUUGGAGACCAACGUGGUGGAUCGCAGCCAACUCGAACAGUGUAAAAGAGAGGUGGAAGAACAAGCAGACCAGGAAAUAAGACAAAAACUCCAAGAAGUCAAUGAGUUUUUGCAAGCACAGGCAGCCCACCAGGACACCUUAGAAGAAAUCAGAGCCAGUCAUGUGGACUCACUGAAAAAACAGUUAGAAGACAGAAUUAGAGAUCUGGAACGUGCACUGGGAAGGACAAAAAGCAACCAAGCAGAAAGACCUUUUCAAAAAGAAUCCACCCAGGCAGAAGUGGACAAGUACAAAGAGCUGUAUCUGGUGGAAGCCAAAACCAGAAAAAGCCUCGCCAAGAAACUGGAAAGAAGUCGAGUAGUAGCCAAGGCUGUGGAGGGUAACUUUGCAAAAGCCUUCCUGCCAAAGAUGACUCUGUGUGUGCUUGUGAAUGUUUCAGAGCUACUGAGAGACUUGCAGUGGCCAACACCAAGCUCUUUUUGGAGCGCCACAGAAGCAGAUCUGCAGUCCCAAGCAGCGCUGUCAGCGGAGUUCUGGCUGCAAGUCCACUUCUGGAUUCACCUGGCCUGGGACAUGUUGGCAUCAGUUUGGGACUGA